CCUGGCGCAGGGACUGCUGGAACCUGGCGGUGCGCGCUGUCGCUUUAAGACAGACUCUGCCGGCGCCGUCCGGAGCCUUAGAAACCGGCCCCGGAUCUGGAGCCGUAGCCGGGGCCGGGCGGGCGGCUGAGGCCCGAGCGGCGGGAUCGCAGCGCUGAGCCAGGCACCCAGUCGCGAGAAACGGCCUCCGCCGCAGCCCGCCCGGCCCCGCAGCUCCGGGCGGUCCAUGGGGCGGGCGCGGCGUCGCGGCGGGCACGGGCAGCCCUGGGGGGCAGCUGCUUAGGAGCUGCGCUCUUGUCCCCGCAGGUCGCAGCCAGGGCGGUCGGGAGCGCUUAGCCCCGGGCCCUGGAGCGCCCUCCGCGGUCCCCACGUACAUGGACGCCUUCAAAGGGGGCAUGAGCCUGGAGCGGCUGCCGGAGGGACUCCGGCCACCGCCGCCGCCGCCCCAUGACAUGGGGCCCGCCUUCCACCUGGCACGCGCGGCCGACCCCCGAGAGCAGCUCGAAAACUCAGCCAGUGAGUCGUCUGACACGGAGCUGCCAGAGAAGGAGCGCGGCGCGGAACCCAAGGGGCCGGAGGACAGUGGCGCGGGCGGCGCGGGCUGUGGCGGCGCGGAGGACCCAGCCAAGAAGAAGAAGCAGCGGCGGCAACGAACGCACUUCACAAGCCAGCAGUUGCAAGAGCUGGAGGCGACGUUCCAGAGGAACCGCUACCCGGACAUGAGCAUGAGGGAGGAAAUCGCUGUGUGGACCAACCUCACCGAGCCGCGCGUGCGGGUCUGGUUCAAGAACCGGCGAGCCAAGUGGCGGAAGCGCGAGCGUAACCAGCAGCUGGACCUGUGCAAGGGCGGUUACGUGCCGCAGUUCAGCGGCUUGGUGCAGCCCUACGAGGACGUGUAUGCCGCCGGCUACUCGUACAACAACUGGGCCGCCAAGAGCCUGGCUCCAGCGCCACUGUCCACGAAAAGCUUCACCUUCUUCAACUCCAUGAGCCCGCUGUCGUCGCAGUCCAUGUUCUCGGCACCCAGCUCCAUCUCCUCCAUGACCAUGCCGUCCAGUAUGGGCCCAGGCGCCGUGCCUGGCAUGCCCAACUCCGGCCUCAACAACAUCAACAACCUCACCGGCUCCUCGCUUAACUCGGCCAUGUCACCCGGCGCCUGCCCGUACGGCACCCCAGCCUCGCCCUACAGCGUCUACCGGGACACGUGCAACUCGAGCCUAGCCAGCCUGCGGCUCAAGUCCAAGCAACACUCGUCGUUCGGCUACGGCAGCCUGCAGGGCCCGGCUACGGGCCUCAACGCGUGCCAGUACAACAGCUGACCGCCCCGCUGCGCCACGCGGGUCGGCGGCCGGCACGGCGCCGGGCGGGGCGGGCGCGGAGGACGCACGCGGGGCCGCAGCCAGCCGCGCCGUGGGCCUCGUGCCUGCGCGCCCCCUCCUCCCACUCCCCGCCUCUGGGUUGGUUUUGUGUUUGCUUUUCCGGACCCCACUCAGCCCUCAAAAAAAAAGAAAAGAAAGUUAAAAGACGUCGGAGAAAAGUGCCGCGAAAUAAUGGAUGAGUUGCAAUUGCCCUCGGGAUGGCGCGGGUGGUGUGUGUUCCCAUGGGCCCCGGUGGCCCACUCCGCGGAGAGGACUCGGCGGGGGAAGCGAGUGCCGAGGCCCAGCGGCCCGGAGAGGACGCCAUCGUAGCCCGCGUCCCCGCCGCGCUGUAUGCGGACUGAGCGACCAAGCCUGUGAGAACUGGAUGUGCUAUUCCCGAACAAGCCUGAGAUCCCUUAGCCCGGUACGAACCAAGACAACUCUCCGAGCUGGGCCCGGCCGAGCGCACCUUAGCUCGAUUCGUAUCCGAGUUGGAGCAGGCGCUGGGCCAGGGGUGACGGUUCCUCGCACCGGAUCGGGCGCUCGCCAGGGAGCCGCACAUGCCCGCGGCGCGCCCUGCCUGGGAGAGCCCUCGCCCUCCCUGCGCCCAGCCCUAUAUUAAGGCCAGGGAGCUGCAGCGGGUGGUGUGGACAUGGCGGGAGGAUGGGGAAGGCUUGUCUCAGAGUACCCCAACCCCAAGCUUAGCCGCAGGCUCAGGCUCUCUGCUCUGCUCCUGGGCCGGGAGGUGGCCCCUUGUCCCGGCGCACAGCCCCCUCCUCACCGCCUGCCGUGCAAGAGUGGAGCCGGGAGAGCGCGGGGCGCGGCCCCAGGGCCCUGCGCCCAUUUUGCACACCCGCUCUCCGGCCCUCGCCCCUGUUUACAGCGUCCCUGUGUAUGUCGGACUGACUGUAUAGAAUUAUAAAUUUGUCUAUAUCGACU